AUGCGGUCCAUACUCAUCAUCAACCCAAACUCCACGGAGCAAAUGACCAACGGCCUGAAGCCGCUCGUCGACGCCCUGCAGUUCAAAGACACCGCUCACGAGUACUUCACCGCCCCUUCCGGCCCAAAGAGUAUCAACAACGAAGACGAUGCCGCCGAAUCGGUCCAACACUGUCUCCCCGCCCUACGCGAACAACUCUCCCGCUACGAUGCUUUCCUCGUCGCAUGCUACAGCCAACACCCGCUCGUCCCUCUCCUAAAAGAGGAGCCAGCCAUAAGAGAUACGAGGAAACCUGUUACGGGCAUCUUCGAAGCUAGUGUUGGUGCUUCCCUGCAAGCUAUCCAUCCCGACGAGAAAUUCGGCAUAGUAAGCACAGGCAAAGUCUGGGAAACUAUCCUCACAGACGCUACAAUCGCUUUCUUGGGUACAGGUUCAGACGCGGGUAAACGUUUCGCUGGGGUGGAGACGACGGGACUCAAUGCAACGGAUCUACAUGAUGCGCCUGCUGAGGAGGUGAGGAAGAGGAUGAAGGAUGCUGUCAAGAGGCUGCUGGGCAAGGGCAAGGUUGGCGCAAUCUGUUUGGGUUGCGCGGGUAUGGCGGGCAUGGAUGAGAUGGUAAGGGAGGCUUGUGUGGAGGAGUUGGGGAAGGAAGAAGGCGGAAGGGUGAGGGUUGUGGAUGGGGUUAUGGCAGGGGUUGCGUGGCUGGACGGGGCUAUUAGGGCGGGAUUCUAG